CUGGUCUGUCGGGAGCUCCUUCUGGAAUCUGUAGUCGUAGAGAUGUGAUCGACUUUUCCAGCGUAUUUUCCCGAUCAUCGGAGUGAUAGCCUUUACAUUAGGUUUACUGGUGCCGGAAGUCCAUGGUAUCGCGCCUCCUACUACUUAACAGGAUUGUUCACCCCCAGAAUUAUUAGUGCUUACCUGUGACACACUUUAAAAUACAGAUGUUGGGCCUCGCAGCAAGCACUUUGCGCAGCGGGAUGCACCACCUCGAGACUGCUUGGCUUUUCACGAGAUCCGACUUCAAGACAAUCAUUCUCCCAGUGAUGAUAUUUGCGAACAUCGUAUCACCGCGUCAUGACCCGCUGGCCUUGUCCUGCUCUCUAUGCUGGCUCUGGCUUCAUCUCUUCCAAGGAAACGUCUCUAAUCAAUCGUACUCCGCGCCUGAAGAUCUGCUGAAUAAACCAUGGCGUCCUGUGCCGUCUGGGCGUAUUAGCAUCAAGGAUUCUCGCGCAUUGCGCUGGGGAUUGAUGGUUUUUUGCUUGGGAUUUUCAUCCCUUUUCAGCUUAAACGUGGUUAUGACCAGUGCAAUCUUCACUGUGCUUGUAAUCGUGCACGAUGAUUUUGGCCUCAGCGGCCAUCCCAUUGGCAAGAAUGUGUUAAACGUAGGAGCCUAUGUGUCAUUCGAACUUGGUUCUACGUUGGUUCUGUCGGGGGAACCUUCGCUCAAUAGAACGAGCCUAACAGCACUCAUCUGCAGUGCGGUUAUCAUACUCACGACAAUUCACGUGCAGGAUUUCCAGGACGUCAAUGGUGACCGCAUGUUGGGCCGACGAACUCUGCCCAUUGUGGCACCUGAAGGAUCCCGCAUCUAUAUUCUUUGCGUACUUCCGUCAAUUUCUUUCGUACUCGCCUCCUUCUGGAGUUUGGGGCCUCUCUGCAGCGCCAUCUUCGUUUCGAUGGGCUUUGGGGUCGGACUUCGCUGCUUUCUUGUCCGUGACGAAAUUGGCGACCAGUUAAACUACUGGCUCUAUAACAUAUGGCUCAUGGCUGCUCAUCUCUUGCCAGCUAAUGCGCGUUUUCAUGUGCUGGCGUGGUAGUCCCAUGUUGCACCAUAACCACGGACUCGGGCAAUCCUGUGACAUACACCAGCGGACCAUCCAGAUAUAGAAAACAUUUACCCUACAACUUAUC